AUGGCUGAUGACCUUGACGCCGAGUUGCUCGCCCUGGCGGGUGAUGACGCCUCAGAUGAAGAGGCCUCUCCCCCUCCUCGCAAGCUCUCUUCCGCAUCUCCUGCUCGCUCUACCUCACCACGGUCUCCCGAACCAACGUCAGCAAUGGCCCGAAAAGGCACUGCGAAAGCCGUUCGUCGUCCCCGAAAGUCGCGGAGAGGUGAUGAUGAGGAGGAAGAUGGAGAAAUAUCCGCCGCCGAUUCUCUCAACUCAGCUAGCAUGUCUGAAUCAGAGGCAGCAUCUGAUUCUGAGGGCUCGGACGCAGGAGUUGACGAUGAGGGCCCGCUUUACCCCUACGACAAGCUGUACCAUUCGGCACAGGACAAGAAAGAUAUCAUGGCGAUGCCCGAGAUUCAGAGGGAACAGCUUUUAUCCGAACGUGCGCAAGAGGUAGACCGCCACAACCAGGAUCUCGCCCUUCGCCGUUUGUUGGCUUCACGAGAGAGGGAAGAAGCUCGUAAAGCAAAGAAAAACAAGCGCAAAGCAAGUGCUGCAAGCCUGGACGAAGGCCACCGCAAGAGUUCUCGGCAAAAGACAACGCUUGGAGGUCGUAGGGUCGGCGAGGCUUCAGAGGCAAUCGAGGCGUACAAGCGGCAGCGAGAGCAGAAGGGCAAGCGUGACGAAUUACGCCGUCGGGAUCCGAUGACAAAGGACCUUAAGUCGAGAUCACGAGUCUCAGACGAUGAUGCAGAAGGUGACAGCGAGGUUGAAUGGGAUAACCGUGAACGCUCGCCAACACCACCUAAAGAUGACCCUCCAGCUGAUAUUCGCGAUUUUCAACGGGUGCGUAUCGGCAGAACAAACUUUGCACAGGUUUGUUUCUAUCCUGGGUUCGAAGCCGCCAUGACUGGGUGCUAUGUCCGUCUCAAUGUUGGACCAAACAGUAGCGGUGUCAAUGAGUAUCGGCUUGCAUUGGUUACAAAAAUCGAGGAAGGGAAAAAAUACGCUUUGGAGGGAGCGAACGGUCGGUCAUUUACUACAGACCAGUACGCCGUCCUAGCGCAUGGAAAAACUACACGCUCGUUUCCGUUCAUUGCUUGCUCCGACUCUCCCUUUACAGAUGCCGAAUUUAACAGGUACCGGCAGGUAAUGACUGUUGAAGAUUGCAAGAUGCCGACUCAGUCCCAGCUUACCAAGAAAGUAAUGGACAUCAAUCGUUUAAUCAACCACAAAUUUACCAACGAGGAAUUGAACGAGAAGCUACGCAAACAGGGGUCUUCAGACUCUAAGACGACGUUCUUCAAACGAGUCGACAUUGAGAAGAAAUUGAAACUUGCCCAAGAAAUCGGUGAUAAUGAUGAGGUAGAGAGAUUGCAACGCGAACUCGCCAACCAAGCCCCGAAACUCGCAUUCGGAUCCAAUGCCAAACCUCGUGCAGAGAAACUUUCCGAGCACGAACGUUUGGCUCAACUGAACCUGCGGAACCAAAAGCUCAACUACGAGAACGUUCGCCGUGCACAAUUAGAGGAGCGGAAGGCCAGUCGGAAAGCCGCCGCGGCCGCUGCACGUGGCGAAGCUACCAUCAACCCUUUCUUACGUGUCAAAACUCUCGCAAAAACUCACCACGAUGUCAAUGGGUCAACGCCUAAAGCGGAAGAUAACAAUAGUCGCAGCGUAACACCUGCCUCUGGUACACCGAAAGCCAACACACCUGGUGGCACGCCGUCUAGUUCGCAAAAUAAGCAAUCCCAAGGUGGUGCAAAGAUCCGCCAUCGCAACAUGGACGAUGAAAACAUUGCAGCUCUGGACCUUGACAUUGACAUCGAGAUUUAA